AUGGGUAGAAGAAAGAUUGAGAUUGAGCCUAUCAAGGACGAUAGGAAUCGUACGGUAACUUUCAUAAAACGAAAAGCAGGACUUUUCAAGAAAGCUCAUGAACUGUCCGUACUAUGCCAAGUGGAUAUUGCUGUCAUUAUAUUGGGAUCUAAUAAUACCUUUUAUGAAUACUCUUCUGUCGAUAUGGGAAAGUUAAUCAAUGUCCACCAAAACAAUGCCGAUCUUCCUCAUAACGUCAUAGAGCCUUCCGAUUAUGGUGACUAUGUCAAGAAACCGCAUGUUGUCCUAAAUGAAAAAAAACGUAGGCGAAGAAGAACGGCCGUGUUAGAACCUGAUUCCAACUUUGGAAACAGCGCACUUUCCGGUCAGAAUUCAUCUGGAAAUCAAAGUAGUGGGAACUUGAACGUUCUGCCGGUAUCAAAUGAAAUCGAACACGCUGCUAUAGGAACAUCGUUGGUAAACGCCCAAGGAAACGUAUCCCGUAAUGGAUCCAAUAUUUCCGACCAUUCAAAAAAUGGUAUAAAUUACGCUAUGCCACGAGAUCAGUUGCACCUUGGAGGGGGGUUUUAUACUAACAUAUACAAAGAUAUUAAUGGUCAACAAUUCCAAGUAGAUAGAGUACCUUAUGGAGAUCGCAUGGAUAAGAGGAUGAAAUUGGAUAGUCAGCAAUUCUUUCCUGGACCCAAUCAGCCUGGCUAUGGUAGUUAUUAUCCGUCACCUUAUGAUAAUUUACCAAAACCCGCGUUACCUUCAAAUCUAAUGAACAAUAUUCCGCCCGUCCAAUCGCAAUUUGUUCAAAUUAUUCCGGCGAAUUCAAACACAAUUGGAAGGUCAUUUGAUGUCACGAAUGAUAACGUGACAUUUCGGACAAGACAAACUAUGUCCCCGCCGGUUGAUGAUGUUCCGAGUACAUCAGAUGGACCUGCUCCAGUGCAGACAAUGGUACAUCAUUUAAAUCAGCUAAAUAGAAAUAGAGGGAAGCUCUCAGAAAAGCCCGCUUUGAAGUUAAGCAUCCCGAAGGCUACAGCUGAUACAAGUCGAGAGUCUCCAACAAUAUGUCCAACUACCACAUCGCCGAAAAUGGCCGUCCAAACUAAUUUCAAGAACCCUCCUUGUGGUAGCACUUUUUCGCCAUUCUCCCAUUCCAAAAUUUUGGAAAUUAGGAGCAAUGAUAUCAAGAGUUCGAAUCAUAGUGGCCAAUCCACUUGCGCACAAGUAAAUAGUAAAACAUUUUUUCUCAAGCCACCGAUUGGUAGACCUCCAAAGUUUCCGAAAAGCCCGUCUACUUCUAUUGUAAUAUAUCCUACCCCUGUACCCAAUCCAAGCUCAAGCUCGGUAAAUUCGAUUGGAUCUCCUAAAUAA